AUGGCAGACGACGACGCAACUCCGGUAUUUCACGUAACCCAAGAAGAAUUAGAAAAACACCGUGUACCAUUGGCGUGGCGCGACACAUGCGCGCAUUUGUUAAUACCAUUAAAUAAGUGUCGUGUGAGGGAGAAUUAUUUUCCAUGGAAAUGUAAAGAGGAAAAACACGCGUAUGAAAAGUGUCAAUACGAAGAUUAUAUGAGGCGAAUGCGUGCAAUGGAGAAAAUUAAAAAGGAGCAAGCAGAAGCAGCCAAAAUUGCAACCACUUAG